AUGAAGGCUUCCAUGAUUCUCAACAUUUCGCUUCUCCAGGCGGUGUCGAAUCUAUUUCUCGCCGAGGCAGCGAGUGCGGAGGAGCCAAUACUACUUCUUAGUCAAGACCCUACCUUCCAUUUCGAGAUUCUCGGCGGCCUUGGGCAGGCUAUCGGCGGUGGGAGUGACAUAGCUCCCCUUCUCGCAGCUGCAAAAGAUAUCAAAUUUGGAGACUUUGAAACAUUCUCUGAAGUAUUAUUAAAGCUUGCCAAUAAGACGAAGACCCAAGCCUUGGACCCUACUCUCGCGUACGACCCUAUCAAUGUGAGAGACACCUGGUUCUCCGUGGCGAACUACUUUCGCCGUGCGGACGCCUUUACCAAGGGCAACUGGGACAACCCGAUUAUCAAACAAUAUUGGGACGAGCAGCUAGCCGCAUUCAACAAAGGUCUGGCAGCGUUGCCCAUCCCUGGGGAGCGUGUUCAGAUCCCCGCCGACAACUUUACUGUUGAGGCCAUCUGGUACUCCGCAGACAAGGAUAAGAAGAAGCGACCAACAUUGAUUAUUGGCAAUGGAUAUGACGCCGCACAGGAGGAUUUAUACCAUAUUAUGGUCGUGCAUGCACGGGCUCUUGGAUGGAACGCCCUAACAUACGAGGGACCGGGACAGCCUACCGUUCGGAGAAGCCAGGAUCUCGGUUUCAUACCCGACUGGGAGCGCGUUGUCACACCUGCUGUGGACUAUGUAUUGAAUGAAAAGUCCGACGGAAAUACACUGAACGACUGGCUCUUUACGGAAAUUCCAUGGCUUCCUGAUGACCUCUUGAAGAUCUAUGAAGCAGGCGAAAAGAAGGAAUUUGACCAAGUCGCCUUAUCACUGCUUGCUCCUAACUCCACUGUCUCAACCAGUAUUCGUUGGGGUCUCGAACACGGACUUUGGGCUUUCAAGACCAAGUCCCCGUAUGACUUCUUAAAGAAAACAGAGCAAUAUACCCUGGAGGGCAUUACUGACCGUAUUAAUAUGCCCGUUUGGAUUGCUGAUGCCGAAUUCGAAGGGUUCUUCAAGGGCGAACCACAGCGAGUGAAGGACGCACUGGGUGACAAGGCUACUUUCCACCUCUUCUCCGGAGAAGCCGGUUAUCACACUCAAUCUGGGGCCUUUCAAGAAAUGACUCGUGUGAUCUUUGGCUGGCUUCAUCAGACGCUCGGAUAA